GAAGUGGUGCUCGCAGUGAAAUAGGACAAGUUGACGCAUGUGUGGCAGCUCACACAAAGGCGGAAUAAAAGCAGACACAAUAAGCUCAGCCUGCGGACGCUGUGUUUUUAAUCGAUCGGUCUUUUUUGGGGGGAAAGGUGCAGAAGGAGAGAGAGAAGAAGAACCGGGAGACGAUUCAAACUGCUGCCUUUCCUGGGGGGUGUUUAUUUAUCCGCCGUGCUGCCGCAACAAGAAAACGCAGCCCUUGCGGAAUAGUCACAUUGAAGACGACACGUGUGGACGGUUAACCGCAUGUUUCCUGGGAGGAUCGCCGUCUGAUCGCAGACUGUUUAGUUGUUAAGGUUUCUUUUAUUAAAGAGGAUCCCAGGACAACUCUCGACAUCACCACAGUUUCUCUCCUGCGUCCGGAUCAGCUCCAGUGAUGUCGGAGGUCAACGUCUCCGCAGACGGUGUCCCCAGCCGGCCGCCGGGGCGGACAGAGGACGUGCUGAUCGAGAACCAGGAGAACAGGACUCUGCUGAUGGUGGCGAUGAUUUUACUGGACUUGAACAAGUGCAGCCCCGGUGCGAUCAGCGCCGGCGCCGGCAGAUGUCUGGGGGGCAGCGACGCCGGUGGCGCGCUGGAGAAGGUGGAGCGGGGCGGUUGCCGGUUGAGCGCCGGGGACAGCCGGGGCCCGGCGGCGCCCAAACAGUCCCGGAACAAGGCGGCGGCGGCGGCGGCGGCGAGGAGGCGUGAGUCGCCCGAGAAGAGGCACUGCUGCCCCUUCGCCGGCUGUGGGAAGGUGUACGGCAAGUCGUCCCACCUCAAGGCUCACCUGAGGGUCCACACCGGUGAGCGCCCCUUCGAAUGUACCUGGACCGACUGUGGCAAGAAGUUCUCCCGAUCAGACGAGCUGACGCGCCACUAUCGCACGCACACGGGCGAGAAGCGCUUCAACUGUCCAUUGUGUGACAAGUGCUUCAUGAGGAGCGACCACCUGACUAAACACGCGCGGCGGCACGCGGGCUUCCAUCCCAGCAUGCUCCAGGGCUCCAGUGCAGCCAAGAGACGCCGCUGCUCCGAGUCUGUGUCCUCUGAUUCAGGAGACCAAAGCCCUGCAGGGGUGUGAGACACGCCCACAUACUGUACAUAUAUAUACAGUGCAUAAAGGUACAUGUAGUAGAUACCGAGGCGUACACAAACAUGGACACACCCCCAUGUGUGAUGUGUGUGUGUGUGCACAGACACACAAAUCCUUUCCAGACAGACAACCCAACCUGCCAGACCACUAGUCAAAGAGAUUUCCUGCUGUGCAUGAAACAUUGUGCAUCAGCGAACGGAAACCUUUUCAACCAGACCAUAAUGAAAGUAGAGCUUCCCCCUCGUGUUCCCUGACGUGACUGGUAUGUACUAAGGGUUAUUCAGGGUCAAUCGGACAGGUCUAGUUGUUUUACCAUUUGUAAUUAUCUAAUUUGUGUUGUGAGACCUUUUUUUUCUGGAAGAAUCCACUGUCCAAGUGUUGUCCAUGUACAUAUAUACAGUCGUUUUCAUAAACACUACAUCUUUUCGCCUUGCAGUCACAAGUUACUUUCAGACGUGUACUCGGGGAAAUUGGGUCAGAGUUUGCCGUCCACACAUGGAGAACGCAGCGGAAGAUCGUCCGUGUCAGACACGUUCACAAACGGCAGGGUCAUUUCCGGAACAUUCGGGCGAGGGGUGGCACCUUGGUAGAGAACCCGCUCCUUCAUAGAAACGUUUCUAGGGGGCAGGCAGGAAAAGUUCAGAAAAUGUCCGGAGCAACAUUUGCAGACAUUUGCGUUCGCACAUACAGCCCCUCAGGAAAAGUUCAAGAAAAUGUAUGGACUUCAGUGCAUGACUGAAAGCAGCUACAGAAGAGAACAGGGAAACAAGUCCAGUAAAUCUUACGAGAUAUUCCCAAUGCGUCACAAAUAUUUGGGAAUAUUCCUUUAGCGAAUGUUAUUAUUACACACACACACACACACACACACACACACACACACACACACACACACACACACACACAUUCUUACAAUUGUACAGUUAUUCUUCAGUCACAAGGCACAUGUACAGUAUUGCAGUGUUAUCAUGUAAAAAGAUUAAACAGACCACCUUCCAGAGGUAUUAUAUACUCACUAUACUGUAGUUAAGUUGUAUUAGAGAGUAAUAAGACAAAGAUACAAUGUAGAGAAUCACAGAGCUUUGGUAUUUAAUAGACAUUUGCUUGUGGACUUAGUAAAUCAGGUCAACUGUGAGCCUGUAGGUAUAAACAGAGUGUUUCCCAUGUUGAAACAUAAAUGUUGUCACAUCACGUCAAACCCGGGAAUAAUUGCACCAUAACACCUUUUUUCAGUGCUCGAUACAAGACCACAACGCACGAGCGAACCUCACGAGUGAAUAGGUGUCAUUUCUUGUGUUUCUUCAUCAGGCUCGAGCUGUGUCAGUGGUGCAGGGAGAAAAAACAUUAACGGGUUAAAACCUUUAAAAGUGAAGUGGGAACCUUUUCUCUUGUCUUGGAUAAGACCACAGUCAUCCAUGUUUGUUAAAAAUGUGCAAAGUAUAAAAAAGGACGUCUGUGCCUUUGAAGGGUUUUUGUAGCAGAGAGGGAUUUUUACAUUUUCAACCUUUGGGAAAUACUACACAAGUGAACAUGAGUCAGAAUAUUUAUGUUGAUAUUCAAAACUUUGAAUAUCACAGACUGUCGUUUUAUAUACAACCAGCAGUGCCAGUUGCUGUACAUUGAAACUACGUUUUGUUUACUCAGUGUCCGGACUGCAAAUUAUCAGGGAACUAUGUGACGCAUGGUCAUUUCAGUUGAAAACGACACCCCCUGGUGGUGAUAUGUGAGCACAACAUUUCUCAAAACAGAGAGUCAUAAAACCUUUUUUAAUUUUCUGUCCCAGCAUUUUAAGUCGAACUCUCAUGAUUAUUAAGUUUGUGAAUCAAUGAAUUCCAUCAUGUAGCAUGUUUGUUUUUACUUGUUUGGUUCAAUGUUUUUUCUGUCUGGUAUCUUUUAUAAUAUUACUAAUGGGAUGAGAAGUCUUAUUGGUCUGCUACAGGAGCCAGAAACAUUGUCAACGUCAUUAAUUUUCUUUUUAUACAUAAUGCAUUUAAACAUCCAGAUAGAGUGUGAAGUCAGGUUGACCCUUGUACAUACAAACUACAUACAUUUGUUAAGUGAAAUGCAGAUUUUCUUUUCUGUCAUUAAUACGAUACUGUAUUAUGUUGGUGCCUUUCGAUCAGAGCCCUUCCUUCUGAUGCUACUGUACUGUAAUCAGGUACUGUCAAUCCAGAUCCCAUGUUAUCGCAAUAUACAUACUGUAGCUGUAUUAUAAAUACUGCUUUGAAGUUUUAAUAUUAAACUGAUUUUUUUUCUUA